GCAAAAGCAUAUAUAAGCCAAAACUGACGAAGCUUCACUUCAUCACAUAUUUACAUUAUUUUCUUCACUACAAAUGGUGUAGGUUAAGGAACACUGAGUCCCACUUUUCCGCCAUUAAUUCAAGCUUCCAAAUUUCCGCCCACUUUUUUUAUUUUCUUUCACACGCUCAAAUCUCUAUCAUUCUCUCUCUGUUUUUUCUUUUGCUCAUUCUUCGCCAUUAUUUAUCGCAAUCUGCAGGUUUUUUCUUUAUUCAUUGGGACAAUUGGCGCGGAAAUUUCUACUGUUUAGGCCCAAGGCAUAUGCGGUGAUCUGAAUACAAUCUUAAAUACAUAUAAUUGCCUUUGCAAUGAAGCUGAUUUUUUCCUCAUAUCUAGUACAAUGGGGAAACUAUGGAGUCAUGUGCUGCUGGUUUCUACUUAUGCUGCUAUAUUGGUCUGGAAAAGGAGCAUUUGCAACUUCCGAAUAUCUGAUUGGGCUUGGGAGCUAUGACAUUACUGGGCCCGCUGCUGAUGUAAAUAUGAUGGGGUAUGCAAAUGCUGAACAAAUUGCAUCAGGGCUCCAUUUUAGGUUGCGUGCUCGGACAUUUAUUGUUGCAGAACCUGAAGGAAACCGUGUAGUGUUUGUGAAUUUGGACGCUUGUAUGGCCUCACAACUUGUGACAAUCAAAGUGAUUGAGAGGUUGAAAGCAAGGUAUGGGAAUCUCUACACUGAAAAUAAUGUUGCUAUUAGUGGUAUUCAUACACACGCUGGUCCUGGAGGUUAUUUGCAAUAUGUUGUAUAUAUUGUAACUUCACUUGGAUUUGUGCGUCAGUCAUUUGAUGCUCUUGUUGAUGGCAUUGAACAAAGUAUUAUACUAGCCCAUGGAAAUCUGAGACCUGGAUCAAUCUUUGUGAACAAAGGAGAGAUUCUUGAUGCUGGCGUCAAUCGUAGCCCUAGUGCUUAUUUAAACAAUCCAUCUGAAGAACGCAACAAGUACAAGUAUGAUGUUGAUAAGGAGAUGACCCUCUUGAAGUUUGUAGAUGAUGAAUGGGGGCCAGUUGGCAGUUUUAACUGGUUUGCAACUCAUGGGACAUCCAUGAGUCGUACAAAUUCGUUGAUAAGUGGGGAUAACAAAGGUGCUGCCGCACGAUUUAUGGAAGACUGGUUUGAUGGAAAGCAAGGCGGGAAUGUUUUUUCUGAUGGAUCCCAUGUAGGAUCAGAAAGAAUUCCCCGGAGGAUUUCCAACAUUAUUCCUGAAGGUAACAAUAAGCAUCGCAAAUUAUUGGAUCUGGCUGCUUCUUUUCAGGCUUCUUCUAGGAGAGAAGUGACGAAGUUCUUGAGCAUUUCUAGGCGGGUUAGAAGUGUUCUUCGACAGGGUGAUAAACCUAAAUUUGUCUCUGCAUUUUGUCAGUCAAAUUGUGGUGAUGUUAGUCCAAAUGUUUUAGGUGCAUUUUGCAUCGACACAGGCCUUCCUUGCGACUUUAAUCAUAGUACAUGUGGUGGGAAGAAUGAGCUUUGCUAUGGACGAGGACCAGGUUAUCCAGAUGAAUUUGAGAGCACACGCAUUAUUGGAGAAAGACAGUUCAGGAAAGCUGUUGACCUUUUUAAAACGGCAUCUGAAAUGAUAAAAGGGAAGAUUAAUUUUCGCCAUGCUUUUGUGGAUUUCUCUAAACUUGAGGUGACAAUCCCUAAAGAAGGAGGUGGUAGUGAGGUAGUCAAAACUUGUCCGGCUGCAAUGGGAUUUGCGUUUGCUGCUGGUACUACAGAUGGACCAGGAGCUUUUGAUUUUAAGCAGGGAGAUGAUCAGGGAAACCCCUUCUGGAAAUUGGUGAGAAAUGUAUUGAAAACACCAAGUAAAGAGCAGGUUGACUGUCAAAAACCAAAACCUAUCCUACUUGAUACUGGUGAAAUGAAUGUGCCUUACGAUUGGGCUCCUGGAAUACUCCCUCUCCAGAUUGUGCGAAUUGGGCAGUUUGUUAUACUUAGUGUACCAUCAGAGUUCACAACAAUGGCUGGUAGGCGUCUUCGAGAUGCUGUGAAAGCAGUUUUUACUAGCACAUCCAAUCAAGAAUUCAACGGUCUUCAUGUUGUUAUAGCAGGAUUGACAAAUACUUACUCACAAUAUGUUACCACAUAUGAGGAAUACCAGGUUCAAAGAUAUGAGGGUGCAUCAACUCUAUAUGGUCCGCAUACUCUUAGUGCCUUCAUCCAAGAAUUCAAGAAGCUUGCUACAGCCCUCAUCCAUGGCCAAAGUGUUGAACCAGGUCCACAGCCACCAGAUCUCCUCAACAAGCAACUGGGCUUUCUCCCUCCAGUUGUCUUAGACAUGGCUCCUAUUGGUUCAAACUUUGGAGAUGCCAAGUCAGAUGUUCCCAAGAACGCAACAUAUAAAAGAGGUGACAUGGUAAGUGUUGUUUUUGUCUCAGCCUGCCCAAGAAAUGAUCUCAUGACUGAAGGUACAUUCGCUUUGGUGGAGAUGCUCCAUGGAACGGACAAUUGGGAACCAGUAUAUGAUGAUGACGACUUCUGUCUCCGGUUCAAAUGGUCAAGGCCUGCCAAACUCAGUGCCCGGAGUGAGGCCACAAUUGAAUGGAGGAUCCCAAAAGGUGCGCAACCUGGUGUAUAUAGAAUACGUCAUUUUGGUGCCUCAAAGGGCCUUUUUGGUUCUCCUCGCCACUUCGAGGGUACAUCUAGUGCAUUUGUGGUAAUAUGAGACAGUGUUGUGUACAUUUAAUGUGAUUAUUGAGUUAACACCAUGCUGGUGAAUUUCUCAAGACAAUAAGAAAAAAUGCCUACUUUUUAUAACGAAAUAGCAAGUUUCUAACUGUAAUAUUUAUGUCUGUAAAGUUUGAUAUUUGUAGACCUAUCAUUGUACUCAGGCCGAUUGCCGGCAUUACUCGGCAUGAUCGGUGAUGAAUGAUAAGGAAUCGCAUCGGUGAUUCUUGGUAUUGAGUAGCACCCCCCAAAAAAUUUUUACUCCUGAGCUAGUAAAAUCAAUGCAUUGACCAAAUUCUAUUA